ACUUAUUAGUUAAUAGUAAAUAUUUAAUAGGUAUUGACUGUUGGUAUUUCGUUGGUCUUACACUCUUAUCCUCAAUUUGUAUUUAGUAAUUUUGUGUGGCGUUUUCGUACGUUUAUUGAUGUUUUGAUUGUUGUGAAUUUUUACGUUCAUGAAUUAUUGUUUCCUUAAACAUUUGUGAUAGAAAAAUUAUGAAUGAGUUUUUGUGAUUAAUUUUUUCCGAAAUGUCGUCAUUAGCAUCUAAGGAUUAUGAUCUGCAUGGAAGAACAGACUCGUAUCGUGUUGCUACAGUUCCAUCUCAAUUUGAUGAUAAUAAAACAGUAGAUGGAAAGCCAAAAACAAGAAGAAAAGCACCAUCAUCGAUUAGUACCAAGUAUAGUCAUGCUGAAAACUUAGAUGAACUGAAACAAGAUCCAUAUUUGGACUAUCAUAAAGUACCAUUAGAUGAACUGUACCAACGAUUUGGAACACAUCCUGGAACUGGGUUAACUCAUGCUAAAGCUCGAGAAAAUUUAGAAAGAGAUGGACCUAAUACUCUGACACCGCCAAUUACGACACCUGAAUGGAUAAAAUUUACAAAACAGAUUUUUGGUGGAUUUUCAGUAUUAUUAUGGUGUGGAGCACUUCUGUGUUUUCUAGCCCAUACUGCAGAAACUAGUACUACAGAAGAUCCAAAUGACGAUUAUUUUUACUUGGGAGUAGUAUUAGUUGCUGUUGUCAUCAUCACAGGAAUCUUCUCCUAUUAUCAACAAGCUAAAUCUUCUGCAAUUGUGGAUUCAUUUAGGAAUUUAGUUCCUCAGAUUUACUUAGGUUCAAGUUUAAUAGCUGUUAUUAUAGUCACUGGCUUUUUAUCUUACUGUCGGCAGUAUAAUCAAGGUGAAAUCAUCCGAUCAUUCUAUGAAACAACUUCUCAGUUUGCCGUAGUUAUACGUCAAGGUGAAUCAUUGACAUUACGAGCUGAAGAUCUCACUCUUGGUGACAUUGUUGAGCUUAAGUUUGGAGAUCGUAUUCCAGCUGACUUAAGAAUUAUUGAGAGUCAUUCAUUUAAAGUUGAUAAUUCAUCACUGACUGGUGAAUCUGAACCACAAAGUCGCACUCCGGAAUUUACUCAUGACGAUCCUUUGGAAACUAAAAAUUUUGCAUUUUCUUCCACUCAUGCUGUUGAAGGAACUGCUAAGGGUGUGGUUAUUGCAUGUGGAGAUAAUACUGUUAUGGGAAGAAUUGCUGGAUUAGCUUCAAGUUUAGAUAGUCGACCAACACCAAUUGCAAGGGAAAUAAUUCGUUUUGUGAAUUUCGUUAAUAUUACGGCUAUAAUUAUUGGAAUAUUACUAUUCAUUAUUGCAUUGAUGAUGGGUUGCUAUUGGUUGGAUGCCAUUAUUUUUAUGAUAGGUUUUUUAGUUGCAGCUGUUCCAGAAGGUUUGUUAGCCACUGUAACUGUUUGUUUAACAUUAACUGCCAAGCGAAUGGCAUCUAAAAACUGUCUUGUAAAGAAUUUGGAAGCAGUUGAGACACUAGGCUCAACUUCAACAAUUUGUUCUGAUAAGACUGGAACAUUAACUCAAAAUCGUAUGACUGUUGCUCACAUGUGGUUUGAUAAUCAAAUUAUUGAAGCAGACACUACUGAGGAUCAGUCUGGUGUGCAAUAUGAUAGAUCCAGUCCUGGGUUUAGAGCUUUGGCUAGAAUUGCCACACUUUGUAAUCGAGCUGAAUUUAAAGCAGGACAGGAUGGUGUACCUACUCUAAAAAAGGAAGUAAAUGGGGAUGCUUCAGAAUCUGCUUUGUUGAAGUGUAUGACACUUGCUCUUGGUGAUGUAAUGUCUAUCAGAAGGCGUAACCGUAAGGUUUGCGAGAUACCUUUUAAUUCAACAAAUAAAUAUCAGGUUUCAAUUCAUGAGACUGAAGAUCCUUCAGAUUCUCGAUAUUCUCGAUAUUUAUUAGUUAUGAAAGGAGCUCCGGAACGUGUCCUUGAUCGUUGCUCUACCAUAUUUAUUGGGGGAAAAGAAAAAGUUCUCGAUGAAGAAAUGCGAGAAGCAUUUAAUAACGCAUACUUAGAAUUAGGUGGUCUUGGCGAGCGCGUCCUAGGUUUUUGUGAUAUGUUAUUAUCACCAGACCGUUUUCCUAAAAAUUUCCUGUUUGAUGUCGAUGAACCUAAUUUCCCAUUAAGUGGUAUGCGAUUUGUUGGGUUGAUGUCUAUGAUAGAUCCACCAAGAGCAGCGGUUCCAGAUGCUGUGGCUAAAUGUCGUUCAGCUGGUAUAAAAGUUAUUAUGGUUACUGGAGAUCAUCCUAUUACUGCUAAGGCAAUCGCAAAAUCUGUUGGAAUUAUAUCUGAAGGAAAUGAAACAGUUGAAGACAUCUCUCAGAGAUUAAAUAUUCCUAUAUCUGAAGUAAAUCCAAGAGAUGCUAACGCAGCUGUCGUACAUGGUUCUGAAUUAUUGGAUUUACCUCCAGAGGUUUUGGAUGAAAUAUUAAGAUACCAUAAAGAAAUAGUAUUUGCAAGAACUUCGCCUCAACAAAAAUUAAUUAUAGUUGAAGGUUGUCAAAGAAUUGGAGGAGUUGUUGCUGUAACUGGAGAUGGUGUUAAUGAUUCACCUGCACUUAAAAAAGCAGAUAUUGGUGUUGCAAUGGGAAUUUCUGGAUCAGACGUUUCAAAAGAAGCAGCUGACAUGAUUCUUUUAGAUGAUAAUUUUGCUAGUAUUGUUACUGGCAUAGAAGAAGGACGUUUAGUGUUUGAUAAUUUAAAAAAAUCUAUUACUUAUACUCUUUCAUCUAAUGUCCCUCAAUUACUGCCGUUCAUUGCUUUUAUCAUGCUAAGCAUACCAUUGCCUAUUGGUGCUAUUGCUAUAUUAUGCAUUGAUCUUGGUACAGAUAUGGUUCCAGCCAUUUCAUUGGGUUAUGAGCAUCCAGAAUCAGAUAUAAUGAAGCGCCCUCCUAGAAAUCUAAUUAGAGAUAAACUUGUGAAUAACAGAUUAAUAUCUGUGGCAUUUUGUCAAUUGGGUGUUAUCGAGGCAUUUGCUGGUUUUUUCACUUAUUUUGUAAUUAUGGCUGAAAAUGGAUUUAUGCCAUAUAAAUUAAUUGGAAUACGCCGUGAAUGGGACUCUAGAGCAGUUAAUGAUUUGCCAGAUUCUUAUAAUCAAGAAUGGACCUAUCAAGACCGCAAGUCUUUAGAGUAUACGUGCCAUACAGGAUUUUUCAUAGCAAUUGUAGUAGUACAAUGGGCAAAUCUUAUUAUAUGUAAGACGAGGAGAAACUCAAUCGCACAUCAAGGAAUGAGAAAUAUGGCUCUGAACUUCAGUUUAAUAUUUGAGACUGUAUUAGCAUUGUUCUUGUGUUAUUUACCUGGAAUGGAUGAAGCUUUACGCAUGUAUCCAUUGAAAUGGACUUGGUGGAUUCCUCCAAUACCAUUCAUGCUAGCUUUAUUUAUUUAUGACGAAGUAAGAAAAUUUUACAUAAGACGAAAUCCGGGUGGAUGGUUAGAAAAAGAAACAUAUUAUUAAGUUAAUUGCGAUGAUUGAAGUUAAUCAAUAUUAAAAGGUAGUUAAUUUAAUUUCAUGAUCACUUAUUAGAAAUAUAUUCUUUAAAAUGUAAACAUUGUCUUAAAUUUAUAAAUUUAUUGAUUUCAUUUAAAUUUAAAUUCUCAAGUAUAACAUGCACUAUAGCUAGUAAUAUUCUUUCAAAAUUUUGAAUUUUUCAAAUUUAUUAUUAAUAACGAUUUUUUUAAUAUUAAAAACCAACACAUAAGUCUAUAAUCUCUAGCGGUUUCUCUUAUGAAUAUAUACAGGGUUGUUAAAAUUUGAAUGACAUUGAUUUACCUUUUUUUCUUAU